AUGGAUGAGUACAGACCAGAACUGAUCGCACAAUCGCUCAAUGAGUUGAGCGCCGAUCGGAUGCGAGUGAGAGUUGUGGGCAAACAGUUUGAGUCAAUCGCCGAUCAGACGGAGCGAUGGUUUGGAACCAAAUACUCACUCCAAGACAUUCCUCCGGAGAAGAUUCAGUUGUGGCUAAACAUUGGACUCAACGAUCGGUUAGCACUUCCGCCGCCCAAUGACUUCAUUCCCUAUAAUCUAAACGUCAAACCAAUUGAAGACAACAAUCAAACAAUACCUCAAAUGAUUAGAAACACAGAAUUUUCUCGCAUUUGGUAUUUACAGGACUUUGAAUACAGAAAACCUAAAGCCUAUUAUGCGUUCAAAUUAACAAAUCCCAUUGUAUCUGACAAUCCGCUCAAUGAAAACAUGGCCCAACUCUUCACCCGAUUAUUCCGGGAUUCAGUCAAUGAGUACUUAUAUGCGGCAGAAAUGGCUGGGCUUUGGUUUAGCAUGAGCUCAGGUCUCACAGGCAUUACUAUAUAUUUUGGCGGAUAUAACGACAAACUGAAUGCUUUGGUGACCACUAUUUUGGAUCAAUUGAUUGCAUUCAAAAUUGAUGCCAAAAGGUUUGAAGUAUUUAAGGAUAUAUACGUACGUGAUCUGAAAAAUCGCCAUGCUAAUCAAAUGGCACAAAUACUGUCAACCAAUAUGACAGAGAUUACUACUGAACGCAUUUGGACCGAUGAAGAGCUGUUACAGACCGUCGAUGACUUGACUGUCGCUAAUAUCACUCAAUUUAGGGAUCAAUUUCUGUCCCGUUUUCAUAUCGAGAGCUUUAUCUAUGGAAAUGUACUCAAGAGUGAAGCCAUUGAUAUUUGCGAUUCAGUUGAAAACAAAUUCAAGUCUCAGCUCAAGACUAAACCCAUCGCUCUUUCGCAGCACUUCUUGAAUCGUGAGAUCCAUUUGACUGAAGGAUCCGAUUAUGUCUUUGAGAGCAAGACUUCAAUCCAUAAAACAAAUGGCAUUAAAAUCUAUUAUCAAAUCGGAGUCAGAGAUACGAAGACUAAUGGAUUGGUAGGACUUUUGCAACAAAUACUGAAACAACCAUUUUUUGAUACAUUGAGAACUAAACAACAGUUGGGUUAUGUCGUCAGCGCUACCACUAGAGUGGCUAAUGGUNGUUGGUGUCGGCAUAUCAUCGGUGUUACAAUCUUUUCCAUCCUUUUCAUUAAUUGGAUUAUCAGUUACUAUACUGACAGUCAGUUUGCAGCGAUCGGGGGAGUCGUGGGACAAAUGUUUCUGUUUGUGAUUAAAAUAAAACUUUUUAAAUAA